AUGCACGACGAAGAUGUCUCCACAGCGACCAAAAAUAAAAUGACGAAAAACGGUUCAUUAAUGUCCCCGUUAUAUUGGGGCUGUCUAGGGGUCAUUAUUUUGUUAUUGAGUGUCGUAAUUGGCACGAAUACUGUUAGCGCUGACUUUUCUCCAAGCAGUUUUAAGUCUGUGGAGGAUUGUAUCAAAGGGACGGGCUCUAAUAUCAUUUUAUCGAGUGACGCUAAAUACGCAGAUGCUCGUAGUGGUGAACGGAUAAGAGUUUCUACUUUCCCAAAAGCAAUCAGUUAUCCGUCAAACUCUACUCAAGUUAGUUGGCUGGUAAAAUGCUCAAUUCAAUUUAGUUUUCCUCCCGUGCCAAGAAAUGGUGGUCACAGUUCCGAAGGAUAUUCGUCAGUAAAUAACUCGAUUGUGAUUGAUCUUAGUUACAUUGACUUUGUAUCAGUUGACAAAUCUUCAAAGACUGCAUGGGUUGGUGGAGGAAUUCGUCUUGGUCCAUUAUAUUUGAAAUUAGAUAAAGAAGGUUUCACCAUUGUCUCUGGUCUUCACCCAACAAUCGGUCUAUCAGGUAUUAUUGGAUCAGGUGGAUGGGGAUUACAAUCUCGUAAAUAUGGUACCACUGGUGAUCACGUAUAUGAAGCAGAAGUAGUCAACGCCAACGGAGACAUUAUCACAGCUAAUAAAGACUCUAAUAGCGAUCUGUUUUGGGCUUUACGUGGUGGUGGUGGAGGUGCAUAUGGGAUUGUUACUGGAUGGAGAUUGAAUUUGAUUGAGGCCUGGAAAGAUAUUAUCGCCUGGCAUAUUGGAUAUCCAGUUCAAUUCGCCGAAAAAGUAAUUUCUGUUUGGAACAAAUGGGCAUGGAAAGAACGUGAUGACAUGACAGCAAUACUUACAAUUACUCAUCCUGGACCUGGCACUUCUGAGCAUGAUUUUGGCAUAAAAAUUCGUGGACAUUUCCUUGGUACUAAGAGUGAAUUCGACAAAAUUGUUUUAGAUAGUGGUAUCGAUAGUAUCACCCAAUUAACAUGUAUUGAAUCUUGGGUCUGUGAUAAUAUGGGAGCACGUGCUUACUUCCUUGGUGACACCUACAGUUGUGGCAACGUCGAUCUCUUCAAUAUCGGGAAUCAACCAUACGCCAGUUACAACUAUUCAAUAGGCUUGGCGGAAUCAAUCACCACUAGCAGCAAUUCUCUCACUACUACAUACUCUGUAACAUAUAAUGGAAAUGCUGGGAAUGUUACUAGUGGCGUGAUUGAUGGAUACAAACCUGGCCCAGUACAAAUUCGUGAAUAUGAGAAAAGUAAAUCAAUGUACUUUAGUGGUGAACUCACCGCCGAACAAAUAAAAAUUAUUGUAGCACUUAUAAAUGAUCUCCCGAAUGGUGCUUUUGUGAAAUUUUCUCCUUAUGCAGGAAUAUUGGCAACACAGGCUAAUGAUAUGACAGCUUUCAGACAUCGUAAAAAUACUGCUUUUCAUUUGGAAGUUGGUAUUGCACUUACCGGUAAUAGUGAGAAAGAUUCGGCGUUUUACGGAUGGAUUAGGAAAUGGGAUACUCAAGUACGCGUUUUUUCGAAUGGUUUUUCAUACGUGGGAUAUGUUGAUUCUGAUCUUGUGACUGGAACCGCCUUUUCAUCAUCUUCCUCAUCGUCUUCCUCAUCAUCAUCUUCGAAUUCUUCCUCAUCAUUCAAUUCUACAUUUACUUCGUCAUCCUCAUCAUCAACUUCAACAUCAAUCUCUUCGUCUGGUGGAACCUCUUCAUCAUCAAAUGGUACUUCUGGAGGUGGUGCUUCGGGUAGCAGCAACUCAUCAUCAAGCUCCUCCACUUCCCAAAGCGCCUCUUAUGUAUACUUUGGCGAAAAUUCACCACGUCUAGUCGUUAUCAAGGGCAAAUACGAUAGUAAAAAUAUUUUCACCAAUUCAUUGACACAAUCGCUCAAUGGCAACGGUGAUUGCAAUUGCACGGAUAAGAGUGGACCAGGAAUACGAUCAGAUGCUGCUGCUACCGCGAAACCAUCAAAUUACUUGAUUACUUUUGUGUGGGCUGUUUCAUUGACGUUUUGCGUUUUCAAGGUGAACCGAUAUACCAUGUUUUUUUAA